AUGUCUGACCUUGUAAAUUCAUUCCAUGUCUUGGACUACGUUGCUAUGGGAAUGUUUUUUCUCGUUUGUACCGGGAUCGGCGUCUACUAUGGAUGUUAUAAGAAGCAGAAGACGACAGAGGAAUAUCUCCUUGGUAGCAGACGCAUGCAUCUAGUUCCGGUUGCGAUUUCAUUAUUGGUUACAUACCAGUCGGCGAUUUCCGUGCUCGGAGUGCCAUUGGAGAUUUAUGUGUACAACACGAUGAGUUAUUACAUGUGGGUCGCCGUCAUGAUUGCGAACGCCAUUCAGGGAUUCUUGAUUGUGCCACUUGUAUAUCCUUUGGGAAUCAGCAGUUCGUACGAAUUCUUCCGUAGGAGAUUCAAGUCGAGAGCCGUACAGUUACUGGGUACUGUUAUGGGAAUGCUGCAAACGCUGAUGUAUAUGGCCAUUGUUCUUUUUGCACCUGCUUUGGCACUUGAAGCAGUUGCUGGAAUACCAUUGUGGUUAUCCAUUGUUGUUGUUGGAAUCAUUGGAGCCGCAUAUACUUCGAUAGCUCUGAUAGAAGUUGGAGAUUUUCAUAAAGUCUUCAAGGUAGCCAUGGAUGGUAAAAGAAUAGUAUUUAAUGAUGUAAUACUGACAUUAGUGGGCCUGGUACUAUACGCCUACUUUGUGGAGAAACAGUGUGACCCUUAUCUAUCUGGGGCCAUUAGCAACUACAAUCAGCUGAUGCCGUACUUCGUCAUGAAGGUGUUCCACAACGUACCAGGACUCUCUGGUCUGUUCAUUGCUGCAUUGUUUAGCGGUUCUCUCAGCACGCUGUCAUCGGGGAUCAACUCCAUGUCAGCCAACACACUUAAAGACAUUUUGCCAAAUGUUCUUCGUAAUGCACAGCAAUACAACCAGACCGUUAUUGCCAAAGUCGCAUCAAUGGUGUUCGGAGCUAUGGCUGUUGGAUUGGCAUACUUGGCAAAAUCUUUGUCAGGUCCAGUAACACAAAUAACCUUGACGACAUUUGGUGCAGCAGGAGGUCCAAUGGCAGGCAUAUUCUUCCUUGGGGCAGUAUUUCCACAGGCUAACUGGAUUCACAAGCAGAACCAACCGAUACAGACCUCACAUACCCUUGCUGAGGGAAGUAAAAGGAGGAAGAGGGUGGUACGGAAUAAUUUGGAUAGUAACUGGAUUACGAGGAGACCUCAGCUGGAGCUUAACGACUGUCUCAUGGUCGAGCUGCGUAACGAAGAUAUAAGAGCCUUCCGAACUUUAGUCUGUGAGGCCAACGUCUACGAGUAUGCUCAUCAGAUGCUCUUGCAGCCUGACGCUGAGGCCCAGUUGCGCCAACAGAGGAGCAACAUGGUCAGUAUCAGCCUGAGGGCAAGUGUCUGGACUGGCAGCGUCAGCAGAAGGAGCGUGGACCUCGGCAUGGACAUGAACCGUUACCUGGGUAUGUGA